AUGGCUUCACGGAUCCAAGUGCCAGAGCUAACAUGCAUGAUACCUGAAAACUAUAAAAAAUACUUUAGGACACUAUGCUGGAGUGGCACUAGGAAACCUGACAAAAAAGGCCAAAAAAAGUUUGGAAAAAAGGAAAAGCUGAAAAGACUGAAAGCUACCAAUGCGCUUGCCGUCUGUUUUGCGCCUGCACUGCUGGGAAACCCUUCCCAGUUUGCAGUGUAUGCAACUGUCCGUAGAUCGGUGCUUACUCGCUGGAAGAGUCUUCAUGGUUUGGUAUCAGAUUUUUCUGAUGACAGUGACAAUGAUGACCUUUCCACACAACUUCCGAUUGCCAAGUUACCAAAGAUCACAGGUAUAGGUUUACGCACAGUGUUUUCAUUAAUAUCACAAGCUCGGUUCACAGAUGCCCACUUUUGUGAGCAUGCCUUGCGAGCAUUACUUGAUGUUCUGCAAGGCCACGCGCCUGAAGAGCUGGCGCAAGAACCAACAGAGAUAAUAUCAAACUUACAUGCAAUGCUGGUGGAAGUUUCGAGUGACACUAGUCCUCUGGGACGUACAGAUACCCCAACAACUCUGACAGCAUUAAGUAGUUCCUGCCUCAUAGCCUUGUCAGUAGCUAGAGGCGAAGCAGAAUUAAUAUUGAAUGCAGUAGCUUCUCUUAUAAUGUCCUCUCCUUCACUUUCGGAACAAUAUCUACAGGUGCCAGCAAAUUUGAUAACACUUCAGCGCAGCGUCCAUUCUGUAAUCUUAGGUCCUCCGUCCCGUAACCAGUGGUUAAACUACGGUGUUCCACACCAAUCUCUAGUCACCAGUUUCCCCGUAGACAUCCCCCCUCAGUUGACAGCGGGCUCGGGCGAACUAGUGGUUCGCGCUCUCGUUUCUGACGGAUGUUUUCUUUACGUCUUUACUUCCAAAGGACUCCUAAAAAUUGGCUCCGGCUAUGGCAGUUCCAUUAGGCAACAUGUGUAUUUGUACAAACCAGAUUUCUUCGCUAGUGAUAGGCACGGCUGGCUAGGUUACUGUAAAAAUAAGCUCUAUGUAAGAAUCGGAAGAAAAAAGACUGAAGUUUUUGAAAUUGAUAAAGAUACCUUUGAAGUUAAGAAUGUGAUAAGAUUGGAACCCGGUCAACCCGCUCCCGUCGAACCUAAAUCGGCUGUCUUUACUGACGGAAAUCAACUAGGAUUGAUUAUACUAACAAAUUUCGAUAGUCUAACAAUUAGGAUGUACGACGUAAACACCCCAACGGAUCGAGAGGAAGGCGCAGCGCCAGUCGCGCUGACGUCACGCAAGGAGCUUAACGUGCCCCUGCUGCGGCGUCGCACGCUCGCCCUGGGCCGCGCUCCGUUCGAAGACGGCAUGUCUCGGAGGCCGCUGGAGUUGGACGCGCCCGUUGCUAUGCAGCUAGAUGACGAUGAUGAUGAUCCCCUCGUAGGCAUUUGCUCGGGACAGGACUUUGGGCUACUAAUUACUAAUUCAGGAAAGGUCUUUUACACCGGCAAAAGCACCAGUUUAGGAUACAAAGCCGCAUCUCCACACAUAGGGCGGUGGACAUUAAUGAAAGAGACCUUGUUCUCAAGGAACGACGCUCCUAAUGUGAAGAAAUGUAAAGUGGUUCAGGUUGCCGUUGGUCAUGAAGGUGUGCACGCGAUACUUGUGUUGGAUAAUGGCACUGCACUAUUCACGGGGGUCGCGCGACGCGGCGAAGACGGUGACGCUAGCAAGCAUCGCCGAACGCCGAAACCUACGAGGCCUAAGAAAAUUAUCAAGGCUGACGGUCACUUCAUAGUUUACGCCGCGUGUAACUACGGUUCGACGGCGUUGGUCACGCGACAAGGACUGCUGCUGAUGUUCGGCAAGGACACGCAACAAUGCGACUCCACAGGGCUCGUCACUGGGCUGAAACAUGAGAGGAUUGUUCAGGUGGCACUAGGAAAAGCUCAUGCUGUAGCGUUGACUACCUUCGGCCAAGUCUACACCUUUGGUAUCAACAACAAAGGCCAAUGCGGUCGCGAAUUUGGCUUCACUAAGGAGAAGUCGUUCUCGAUACGCCGUCAGAGCAAAGAGCCCCCUUUGUGCGUGACGCACACAUUUGCGACGGAUUACUGCAGAGUGUGUCUCCUGUGCAGAGAAUGUACCGGUUUUUCAAGCGCCUGCCACUGCGCGCGACUUCCAAAUAGAGUGCCUGGCGAGAAAUGUGGCUGUGGUGAGGGUGACAGCGGCUGCAGUUCGUGCGGCGUGUGUCGGCGCUGCGCGGACACGUACAAAGGCGUGUGCGCCGAGCGGCUGCCGGCCGACGACGAUGAAGACGCCUCCCGCUCCGACGCGAGAAGUGAAAAGGACAACGGCCGAUACGGUCAGUACGAAGGCCACAGCACGGCGUCAGAAGCGGAGCGCGACGGCAGCCUGAAGGUCAGCUGCUUGCCGCCGGCGCGGGUCAACGUGCCCGGCGGGCACCGCGUCGUGGCCGUGGCCACGGGGCUGCACCACUCUGUGCUGCUUACCGAGCAUGGGGAAGUGCUGACGUUCGGCUCGAAUCAAUAUGGUCAACUGGGCGCCGGCGACGUAUCGGCGCACCAUCGCGUCGUGCGCGUCCGCGUACCGCGUGCGAGCGCCAUCGCUGCCGGCAGCAACCACACCGCCGUGCUCACCAGGGACGGCGAGCUGUGCACCUUCGGGAGCUACCAGAAAGGCGCCCUAGGACGGCCACGCAUCGACGAGCCAGCGCGAACGGACCGGUGUCCGGUGUGGUACGCCACUCCGGGCCGCGUCCCGCGCUUGGGCCCUAGGCAUUCUUGCAAGGCCGUGUGGCUCAGCGCUUCAGGCGACCAGACUUUCGUGCAAGUCUCGCAGGCGCUUAUAAAGACAGACACGCUCUUCAGUUCGACUAUAACGGCCAAUAGUAAUACCAUAGUUAUUUUGCCGAAUAGACCCGAGCACACAUUCAAAUGUAUAACCAUAAACAAGAAUGACGGUUCAUGCAACGCGUGGACGGGCUCCGAACAGGUGGACUUCGUGAACACUCUGGCCUGCCUCGAUCCCCUGUACGAUGUUCUCUGGUGCUACCAACCUCAAAUGAGGGUCAUGAAGUGCUACAACAUUUUGGCUUUCGACUCCCACAAACUACAGAGGUGUUGCAACAAUGACUCCGAACUUUAUCCUAAUGAUGGAGAAAUCGAAUAUCCUAACCACGGCAGCAUGAAAAGAUUAGAAGAUUUUAAGAAUUUGGAAAACUUUGAAGUGAUUUGCAGUAACGAUGACCGGCCGGUAGACAAUGUGGCAUUGUCGAAUAUGUCCGUACUGAACCAGGAGUUGGCGAUCCCUUCUGCGCUCUCUUGCUCUGUUACUAGAAUACACGCGGCUCUGCAUCUGUUGGGCUGUUUGGAUUCUUUAACAUAUGCACAUGAUUCCAAACCGUGCAUAGUGGAAUGUAAAAGAGACAGCGAGUCUUCUCCCGUUGCUCCUGCGAAGGAUGACUUUCUCACGGUGAAUCGUUUCGAAAGCCACGGCGGUGGUUGGGGCUACUCGGGCCACUCGGUCGAAGCUAUACGGUUCAUGUGUGACACUGACGUUCUUUUAGGCGGUUUCGGUCUGUUCGGCGGGCGGGGCGACUACACGGCGCGAAUCAAGCUGUUCGACAUCGGGCCCGAGGGCGGCGACCAGGAGGGCGACGGCGAGCUGGCGGCCGAGAGCGAGGAGGUCGUCUACGAGUGCGCGCCCAGGGACCGCUUUCCCGUGCUCUUUGACGCGCCCGUGCCGAUAGUGGCUAACAGGUGGUACGUCGCGUGGGCGUGCAUCAAUGGCCCUUCCUCCGACUGCGGCUCGUCCGGCCAAGCCAUGGUUAUCAACGACGAGAUAGGAUUCCAUUUUAAAACGUCCAAAAAGUCUAACAACGGAACUGACGUGAACGCGGGCCAGAUCCCCUGCCUGCUCUACAACACCGUCAGCCUCGACCACUCCCUGCCCGUCCGACACGUCGACUCCGGCGACCCCGUCAUAGUUCUAACCAAAAACAUAUCAAGAAAAGUCACUGUGUCGUGCUUCCGUUCGCUUAUAACUCUUCUACAGUGGAGCUGGAACACUUUUAAAGAAAUCGUUUUAGAUACAAAUGGCCAAAUUCCAAUCAAUUAUCAAAAAUUAACUGUUAUGAAACAUCAAAAAAGACUAGUCUACAUAAUUCGAGCAUGUUUAAGAUUAGUUAGGUCUUACGUCAAUGAAAUUUAUCCACAAAACAAUAAGAAGAGAAACUCACACGAGUACAUGUCAUAUUUUGACGCCAUCGCUGAUGUGAGAAAUUUAAUUCAAGCAAUAAUGACGGAUCAAACUCCGACCUGUGCGAUGCUGCCGCGAAAGCCUGGCAAGAACAAGACGCAUAGGAUAUGCUUUGUACAGUUUGCCCUGGAGAUGACUAAUUCUAUACUACAAGAGUGCCACGAGACAAUCACUGCGUGCUUCCAUGCUUUCUUCCCGACUCCAAGUUUGAAAUGGAAUCAUCUUUGCUCACUAUUAUUUUAUGUGAAGGAUGGAGUAGUACCCCCCGCCCAAAUUCGAGAACUGACAGCCACUUGUGCGGCGUUAUGCGGCUCACGGAGUCUGCGUGACGUGCUGCAGUACAUAGUGCCCGUGACGCAGAGCUGCGUCAGUCUGAACGAACCACGCCGGCCGGAGUCCAAGGUGGUAAAAGAAGUCCCGUCCAAGUCAGCGACGGUCCCACGAUCAUCUCACGCGCAGAAACCACCUCCCGUUCCACCAAGAGCAAACAACAGUCAUGCAGUCAAACAAGCAGACGCCACCGACGCCAAGGCCAGCCACACAGAAUGGCACCUCUUCGACGUAGUCCCCUACCUGCUGGAUAUCGUCACGAUCCCCGUCAAGCAGCAGAUGAUGACGCGCCAGUGCGGGCAGCCGCACGACCACGGCGAGAUCAAGCAGAACGAGCGACUAGCUGACUACUGCUGCAAGUUCGCUGCCAGGAUCAUCGCGGAGCUGUCACAUAGCGCCACUAAUAUUAGGGAGGACCUAGAUACCAACGCAGUGAAGCACCUCACCACACCAUCUCGCUUCAUGCGCGUGAACCAAUCGCGAGCAUGGAACACGGGCAACGGCAGCCCCGACGCCAUCUGCUUCACCGUGGACCGGCCCGGCGUCAUGCUAGUCGGCGUCGGGGUGUUCGGCGGCGUCGGGAAUUACGAGUACUCCAUCGAGCUGUUGCAUGAUGUUCGGCAGUUGCGGGCGUCAGGCGAAGAGUCGAACCCGGCACACUGCUGGGUCAGCGUCGAAGUGGCGCACGGGGCUUUCUCGGCUUCCGAUUGCCAGCACGACAUGGUGCAGCUCAAGUUCGAUCGGCCCGUCCCUUUGAAAGAGGACCUACGCUACGCCGUCAGACUAUGUAAUCACGGCGGGCGCACAGCCAACGGCGACUGUGGCUUGCCUUCGGUCAAGGGCCCCGACGGCACCACGUUCCGGUUCGCCUCCUGUUCGCUGAGCUUUAACGGGACGACGUUGGCUAGGGGACAGAUCCCUUGCCUUAUUUAUUACAGUACGUCAAAGUCCGUAGCAAACAGUUCGGAAAGCGCUGACACGCUUAUAUCGGCCCUACGCGCUAUCACCCUGCGCGUGGCGGCAGUAGUUAUGGAUCGCGGCGCUGAGCUAUUUAGUACGUUGCGCAACGAGCUGACGGCCGAGGACCUGCGCCGGAACGCCACCGUGCUGCAGCACUCGCCCGCCAUCAACACGCUCAUCCCAUACACGCUGGCGCACUUGGAGGGGCUGGACGACUCCAAGAGCGUGAUUCAAUUGUUAGAAAUGAUCCACAAGCUGCUACCCCACGUGGCGGCCAUGAAUCUACUGGUGCCGUCCUCGGAGGAAGGCCCCACGACAACCACCACGCACUAUUACACGUGGCUAGAAAGCGACCACCCUUACAAGCAGGCCACUGUCACUAAUAUGAGGGUGUUGUUUCCCCCAAACGUAUCCUGGUUGGUGCUGGAGAUGGACCCGCGCAGCAUCACGGCGCAGCCCGAAGACACGCUGACGAUCUACGCCGUCGCGGGCGCGCCCAAGAACCGCUGCCACUGCUCGCACGACUCCCGUGCGCAGGACCCGCCGUUCCGCAAGCGCCUGGUGCAGCUGACCUCAGAGUCGGGCGAGGCGGAGGAGCUGGGCGACGACGCGGACGACGCGCCCUGCAUGCACUACAACUGCACCUACGUCAGCGUCACGCCCAAGCUGGCCAACAUUGUUUCUGAAUGGCCGCAAAAAGCUUUACUAGUGCCCGGAAAUGAAGUUAUAUUCUCUUUGGAGACAGCAUCUGACUACCUCACCGAAUAUAACAAGACCAACCAUAGCGAGGACAACCGCUUUGGUUUCCGCUGCCUAUGCGUCGGCUACGAGGACGCGCCGCUGACGACGCAGCGGCAAGGGCUGGUCGCGCUGGAGAUGGAGCUGGUGUACGCGGGCGCGUCGUGCGCCUCGCGGCUGCUGGCGCCCGACCUGGACAUACCGCCGCUCACCUUCUCAACAAUAGUGGAAGUCCAAGUGCUGGCCAUGAUGGGCGCGAGUCCCACGGGGGCGGAGUCCGAGUCCGCACAAGACGGAAGCGAAGCGCUGCUCUUGGCGCGCGGUCUCGAAUUAUCCUCACCUCCCACUAUACAUCACGUUCUCGACGGCCAGCCGCUAUUAAGAUGCAUCUCAACUGAGCGCCAGUUCCUCUCUGACUUCGUGGCGGGCGCCGAGAGUACGGCCGGCGGGCGCCUGGCGCGCUGGCUGGCGCCCACGCCGCGCGUGGAGCCCGCCAAGUGCGAGCUGCGGGCGCCCGCGACCCCGGUGCGCCCCGCCGCUCGCAUCACGCUGCCCAUACUCGUGCGGGACCAGUACGGAGAAAGUGUGGCGUCGCCGGCGUUAAAAGUCGAGGUUGUGGUGCAACGCUUAGAGGAUUUGGGGGGUCGUCAAAGUCGCGCUGUCGCGUCGGCAGUCGGCGGCGAGGGCCGCCGGGGUGUGCCCGACGUGCCGUACCAACCCACCGUGCGUGACACCAUGUGCUUCCACGCCAUCACCAUGAUGAAGGCAUACCAAAACUACUCUUUCGAGGAGCUUCGCGUGGCCAGCGGAGCGUGGGGCGGCGGCGGCGACAGCGGCGGCGGCUGGGGCUCAUGGGGCUCGGCGGGCGGCGCGCGCGUGCCCGCUGAGCGGCUGCCGGUGCGCGCGCAGCCCGACGGCUCGUACGCCGCCGCCUGGACGCCGCGUGCGCCCGGGGCCUACCAGCUUCGGUGCACUCUGGACGAACUACCAGCACCGCAGGAAUUGACGAUAGAAGUGGUGGAGAGCAGCAUGGAAGGGCGAGGCGAGCGCGGCGCGGGCGACGAGGCGGCGACGCCGCCGGCGCGGCUGCGGCGCUUCGCGGCUCGGUUCAGCGCCGGCCUGCGCGUGCGCGCCAGCCCCAGCCUGCAGGCCGAGGAGCUGGGCCGCGUGCCGCCUGGAACCACUGUCGCUUGUGUUGAAGAGGUGGUGAACAAGGACGGCACGUGGGUGCGGCUGGGCGCGGAGUCGGUGCGCGCGCACGCGGACGGCGGCGCCGGCGUGGCGUGGUGUCUGCAGCACCACCGCCAUCUUGACCGCGCGCUGCUCCUGCCUGUCGACGCCACCUCGCCACCACAGUCGGAGUACACGGGUAUAUGGAGCGGCUACGGCGACGCUCAGGGUGACAUGCAAUCCUGGACGCACGAGGACGAAAUCGACAUUGGAGUUAACGAUAUUAAUAGCAUUGAUGAGCGGAGGUUUCCGUUCUCCGUCCAGUGUGAUAUGGCCAAUGAUAGUGAUAGCAGUACUAGUCCUUUCGUAUUUGGACUGGAGCCCAGUAAACGCGGAAGAAUUUUUCGAAACGAGUCCAUCGCUAUCCCAACGCCGAGAAGAACGCAGCGACGCAGCAAUGGCAACAGCGACGAGUGGUGGUCGCCGGUAAAACAACGUUCCAGCGACAAUAUACGGGACGUCAACCCUAUUCUGGAGACGGAGAUAGGCAUGGAGCCGGAGACGCGCGCCGGCGGCGGGCGCCUUGCGCAGGCGGGCACGCAGACCUCCCCCGAGAGCGUCGGCGACACCGUGGCCACGCUGCACCUCUACAUCGGGCCCAAGCCGGACGAGAACAUAAGUCCCAAAAGCGUCGCCCGCGAACGCAUAGCGUCGCGGUCUCGGGCCUACAAGCGCAGCUCGUCACCGCCGCCGCUGCCCGCACGCGCCGCGCCCGCGCCGCCGCCGCCGCGCAAGCACGCACUCAGCCCCGCGCAGGCAGAGUGUCUACGAGCGAUUUUUGCUGCGCUGCUGUGGCAUGAAGGCAUCGUGCACGACGCGAUCGCGUGCGCGGCGUUCUUGAAGUUCCACCCGCAGCUGCCGAAGCAGGGCGCCCGCGUGGUCACCCGCGCGCCGCACGACCUCUCCGUGGCGCGUCCGCAGCGCCACUCCGUCGAGGUCUCCACCAACGCUGGGCAGUAUUUGAGAAUGAACCCGGCUACGCUGGAAACCCUAACGCGAUCCGGCGUGGAGGCGAGCGCCAGCCGUGCCCGGCGGAGCGACGUCGACGUCACGAUACGCGAAGAGGAUUCACAGGCUCAAGGCGAUACGAACAGCAGCAACUCGCCGUCCGUGGUGAACGUGCUGCCGCCGGCGCUGCGGGCGCUCGUCGCGCUGUGGGACGCGCUCUACGACGCCGACCAACUCUCUGCUGCCACCGACAAACAUCAGAAAGAUACUGCUGAAAAGAAUGAAAACGAGCUGAUAUCAAGAACGUUUACUUCACUUCGCAAAAAAAGGGAUUGGAAGUCAGCGCCUAUUUAUAAAACUCCUUAUUCAGUGAAGUGCGAGUUGUGCGGCGGGGUGAGCGUGCCGCCGCCGCUGGCCGCGCACAUGCGGCACGCGCACCCCGGCUGCCGCGCCGCCAGCGCGCGCGGCUUCGACCGCGCCGGCGUCUACCGCCGCGCCGACCCGCCCGCGCCUAACGACGCGCCGCCCGCGCUCUGCGGACAGCUCGCGCAAGCAUACCAGCUCUGGUACAUAUAUUGCGAGAAGUGUCGCGACAAGGCGUUGAAAGCGGUGUCGUCGGUGAAACAAUCGAAGACCAAAUCCGUCUCGGACGUGUGUUACGAGCGCAGCAACGACGCGCCGGAGCUCGACCACCAGAUCAUGAAGGACAAUGCUAUGUUCCUGCUGGAUUUGGCACCUUUGACUAACUCGGAGUCCCUGUCAGCGUCACCGUGGCACGAGACGGCAGGGCGCAGCCCGCCCACGCCGCCCAGCAGCAUGUGGCAGCCGGCGCCGCCGUUCCAGUGCUUGGCCGCGCUGGGCGCCGCGCCCAAGGCCAACGCCACUGUAGACACCGCCAAGUAUCACUCACUGGGUCGCCCGCCGCCUCCGACGAUUGCUCCAACGAACGGGCCAUAUGGAGGCGAAGGCCUGGCGGGCGGGCAGUGGCCGCGCGUGCACCGCUCAGUGUCGAUGGGGCAAGCCAGCGGCCGCGACCUGGCGAACGCCGCGCCGUUGGCCCGUCAUGAGCGCUCUACGCACCACGACAGUCUCUCUGGCGCAGGUUCAUCCCUCCUCGCCCAACCGAGCGCUGCCCUCCAAAAGUUAGUCGGUUGCGGCGAGUGGACAGGCGAAGGCUGCGGCGUGUCGGCGUUCGAGCCGCCCCGGAUAGACCCCGAGGCGCUCAUGCGGAGCCCGGUGCUGUCGUUCGUGCUCGCCAACCGCAACCUACACUCCUACAGGCAGAAGAUGGAUGCUGCCGUUAGAAUUAAUACUGUUAGGCAAUAUGCCUUUGAGGCGUUAAAUUGGUUACUGAGGUCUGCGACGCAGCCCACCUGCGUACACGACGUCAUGUGGUGGUUCUGUACAGCUCUCGACAAAUACGCUAGGAUCGUUCCCCCGCCAUUGGCGUUAGAGGAUAAUAAAGAGGCCGGUGCCACCGAGGCUACUCGCACGGCGGCGGCGACGACGGCCUCAGCGUGCGCGCUGUGCCCGGGCGGGCGAGCCGCGCGCGGCGCGCGCUCGGCGCUGCACGCAUUCCUGGGCUCGGUGAGCGCGCUGGCGCCCGCGCUGCCGCCGGCCAGCGCCGCCUCGCUGCAAGCCGUGCGGUGCUGGGCUCUGCACUACUCGCCGCAUGACAGAGCUUUCCUGCACAGAUCACAAGUUUUUAGUGUGAUCAGCAAAAUAUUGUCACACUCAGAAGACGGAGUUUAUGAAGAAGUUGUCCUCGGCGCUUUGCACGAGAGCUUUCAUAGCUAUCUCCAGAAGGAUAACUUUGUAUGGAGUUGCGGCGACGUCACCGGGUGGUGCGACGUGAGCGUGUCGUCACGGCAGGGCAUGGCGGGCGCGCUCACGGACGGCAGUACCGAGACCUUCUGGGAGUCGGGCGACGAGGACCGCAACAAGGCCAAGUGGGUGCAGGUGGCGCUGCCCGCGCCCGCGCCCGCGCCGCCCGACCGCCCUUACAUCGUUUGCGUGCAUGUUGACAACACGAGAGACACUGUGAACAAAACUCUGCUAGUUUCGUUCCUGUAUAGUGGCGGAUCCAGCGAGUUGUUUCACAUGCAAGAUAUGGAAGUGGACUCCAAGUCGGCAGCAUGGCUUUGUUAUACGUUGCCCCGCGGGUCGAGCGGCGGCGUCCGGGUGCGCUGCGAGCUGCGCGGGCCGGAGGCGGCGGUGCGCGUGCGGCAGCUGCGCGUGCUGGGUGCGCCGGCGCCCGCGGCCGCGCCCGCGCCCGCGUCCGCGCCGCCCGCCUCGCCCGCCGCCGUGCUGCACGCGCUCGCCGAGGCCGACACGCUGCGUGUCUUCCGACUGCUUACCUCACAGGUGUUCGGAAAACUACUGGAAUGGGAGCAGAGCAGCAGCGAGGCGGGCGGCGAAGCACCUGCGGCCGAGGAGGCACUCGCCGACGACAGCGACCUGCGCGAGCACGUCGUCGGCAUCCUCUUCGCGGGCCACAAGCUCACCUCGCUGCAGCGGCAGGUGAUGUCGCACAUAGUGUGCGCCAUCGGUUGCGAGGCGGCACGCGCACGAGACGACUGGGAAACGGCGCUGCUGUGCGCCGAGGCGGAGAGCGCGGGCGACGCGCCGCCGCCGCACCACCACCAGGACAAUUACUGCUUCGAGAUGCUCUCGCUGCUUUUGGCUUUGAGCGGAAGUGCGGUUGGGCGAGCUCAUCUCGCUCAGCGAACAGAGUUACUUUCGGACUUGCUUUCGCUUCUACACACUGGCAGUGAACGCGUGCAAAGACAAGUAAUAUCUCUAUUAAGGAGAAUUAUUAUAGAAAUACCACCUCAGAAAAUGUUAGCAGCUGUCAACUAUGGCAAUGAUUUAACAGCAAGGGUGACGCUGGUGGAGCACCUGGUGUGCUACCUGGGCAAGGCGAUCACGCUGCAGGUGAAGGUGAAAGGCGCAGCGGGCGCGGCGGGCGCGGCCACACUGGGCGGUAGCGUGGCGCCCGCGCCGACCGUGCCCUGGUUCAUGCGCGGUGACACUACCAAGAAACACGCGCAUCUAGUCGCCAAGCUGCUCAUUGACAUGGCUGAGGGCAAGCUGUCAGCGGCGUGGGGCACGGAGACGCGCAGCGCGCUGGCGACGCUGGCGGGCGCCGUGGCGCAGGUGGCGGAGGCCGAGCGCCACCCGGCGCGCUGCGUGCUGGCGCCCACGCUCUGGAUGGCGCUCGCCGCGCUCUGUGUUUGCGACCAGUCGCAUCUCGAUCUCAGUGGCGAGUCUCGCGAGUCCCGCGGACGCGACUCAGCGGGGGAGACGCGGCCAUACUGCGCGAACCACGACGACGGUUCUACUGUCGCCGUGGUGGAGUGUCGCGUCUGCGGCCCGCUGUGCGCCGAGUGCGACCGCUUCCUGCACCUCAACCGCGCCGCGCGCACGCAUCACAGACAGAUUUGCAAAGAGGAAGAGAGCGCAAUCCGUAUAGACAUCCACGAAGGGUGCGGGCGCGCGAAGCUGUUCUGGCUGCUGCUGCUGGUGGACCGGCGCACGCUGAAGGCGCUGGCCGAGUUCCGCGGCGUGGAGGCGUGCGCGCGCGCCGAGCCCGCGGACGGCGCGCCGCCGCUUGCCGGCACCUGCCGCUUCUGCGGCGUGCAAGGCAACUCCGGCCUGCUCGCCAUCGGGAACGUGUGCGCUGACCAUCAAUGCCAGGAGCACGGUCGCGAGGCGUGCGUGCGCGUGCUGCCGUGCGGGCACGCGUGCGGCGGCGUGCGCGGCGAGCGCGCGUGCCUGCCGUGCCUGUUCGGCUGCGGCGCGGGCGCGGGCGCGGGCGCGGACGCGAUCGCCGCAGCCGGCGCGCCCGCGCCGCUGCGCCAGGACGCCGACGACAUGUGCAUGAUCUGCUUCACCGACCCGCUUCAAGCAGCGCCCGCUAUACAGGAGGACAUGUGCCACUGGACGCUGGAGGAGCUACUAGCGCCGAUCCGGCGGCUGCGCGAGGAGGUGCGGCGCAAGGCGCUGAUGCGGCUCGAAUACGAGGGGCUGGCGGCGCCGGCCGGCAGCGCGGGCCGCGCGCGCACCCCCCAGGACCCCGCCGCAUACGCCAUGGAGCGAUACGCCUACUACGUCUGCCAUAAGUGUGGCAAGGCGUACUUCGGCGGAUUGGCGCGGUGCGAGGCGGAGACGAGCGGCUGGUGGGAGCCGGCGGAGCUGGUGUGCGGCGCGUGCAGCGACGUGGCCGGCGCGCGCACCUGCCCCAAGCACGGCGCGGACUUCCUCGAGUACAAGUGCCGCUACUGCUGCUCCGUGGCCGUUUUCUUCUGUUUCGGGACAUCGCACUUCUGCAACGCUUGCCAUGAUGAUUUCCAACGAGUCACCAACAUACCGAAGCAUCAAUUACCGCAGUGUCCCGCAGGUCCGAAGGGCGAGCAGCUCCCGGGCUCGUCGGAGGAGUGCCCGCUGCACGUGCAGCACCCGCCCACCGGCGAGGAGUUCGCGCUGGGCUGCGGGGUCUGCCGCCACGCGCACGCAUUCUAGUACUCGCCACUACUUCCACACGCACCAACCUCACUACUAACUAUGAGUUUCGUUUACGAACCGUAACGUAUAGGGAGCAUACAUGUGCACAGCUCACAGGAACCCACUUACAGCGCGAAAUAUAAAUGACAAAAUUAAGUUUACAAGGUAUACCCUAUAACGCGCAUGACACCUUUGCUAAGAUUCGUUUAUUUUAUUGCCCAGAACCUCUUCAAGACUUGAUUGUUAACUUGUUAGGUUUCGUUAUUUUAUAAAUUGUCCCGUUUUGCCUACCUCAAGAAAAAAGUAACUGAAACCUGUUUUGUAUUACUCAGUUUACUACUGCACUAUUUGAUUGCGGCGUAGUAGCCACUAGGAAUUGAAUGUUACAUAAAUAUCAUUAUACAUACAUAUUAGAAAGUGUGCACACGGGUUUUAUUUCUCGACUAGCGCGUAAAUUACAUAUUUUUAAUUACUUAAGAUGCGGUCUUUAGACAUUAAACGGAUUCCAUAACUAAACACAUCGCAAUCUUUAAUAGAAUUAACGCGAACCUUUAUUAUAAUAGAGAACAAUGUUUCCUGCCGACAUUAAUAUUUUGGUCUUUGUAAUUAUUCUUUUUUGAGAAAAACUAUCACAGACAGUAGGAAAGCUGCUAAUAUCCCCUGCGUUUUGCGUACUUAGCUUAAAAACUUCUUUAUUUGAUAAUUUUGGUUGAUUGGUACUUUUUAUAUUAAAUCAGAUUAAUAUUAGUAAUCAGAAUAUCUGCAAUAUCAUUUUACAUAUUUACAUUUUUAAUAUGUAUAAAUGGUUAAUAGUUAUUGAAGAUUAGAGUUGUAAAAUAUGAACAUAUUUCUAUUAAUUGUUACUUUUACUUUACCUCAUGUAAGAUAUUGUUAUAAUAUAACCCACUAGACAAGUCUAUUGAGAGGUAAUAUUUACGUUACAUGUAACUUGUUUGAAACUAGUGUAGUAGGGGCUGGCAUGCGCUUAUACGAUUCAUAUGCUUUUUACAGUGGAAACGGCGGUUGCUUAUGCAAGGAAACAUGUAAUUAUCAGCAGACGGGAAUCGUAUAUGUGCAACCAUCUUAAUCAAUUCACGUAUAUUUUUGGGAGAUCUAAACAAGUAAACAUGCAUAUAAAAGUGUUUAUAAUGGCAACAUUUUGACUGAAUUGAAGCGGUAGUUGUAUCUAGUUCAAUAUUGUUACACUUUUAGUAUAUUUUGUUCAUGGUAAUCUCCUAUUAUAGUGGUAGCGUAAAUUAACUUUUUAUGAAAGGGAUGCGCAAUAUUUUAAGAAAAUUACCUACUUCUAGUUGUACUCAUUGCACCGUUCCGAUAUACAUAUAACUGAAACACCAAACUGGUGAUUUAUUUUGUGUAAACGAUAUUUCAUCGUCGUUUGUUAGCCUUUUACACUAUAAACAUGAAACCAAUAUCUUGACUAAAGAGUGUAAACAUUAUACAUAACACUGUGUCUUAUUUUACUUAUUAUAACGCAACGCAAUGCACCUAGGCUCUAUAUAUCUGUAAUUAAAUUGUGGAUUAUAAAUUAGUUGUAAAGCUAUUUUAUCUACAGUAAAUUAAAGCUUAUGGUAAAAACUCA